CGGUCAGGCUUAGAGUAAAUGGACACCGGCUUCAACGGUGCCACUCAGGGAGAGUUUGAGGCAGAGUUUCGCACACGGUGCCGCUGCACGAGCCGCUAACUGUGCGACUCGAAGCCUGACAAGGACUUCGCUUUGUUACAAAGCCGCGGUUGCUCCGACGCCAAGUUAGUUGUUGAUUGUUUUCCGGUGAAGAGGGGGAAGAAGAAGCUUUGACAUCCAGCGUCACUGCCACAUGCAUGGACGAGCUGCUGCUGCUGCUGCUGGUGGGUGACCUCGCUUCUCUUCACAACCAGCCCCGGGUUUCUCUUCACAGCGGACUUCAGAAUUGCACUACAAUGUCUGCGGUGGCUUCUCUGCAAUAAGCACUCAAAGGUUAUGCUGCCCAAAAGCUGUCUGAGUCCCAGUGAGAAAGAGAAGGGCUAACGCCACACACAUCCCCAACAGCUCUCCAGUUCCUCUCCCACGGCGCCUCCACUGCGGAGCCAUGAGCACCCCCAGCGCUUCGAGCCAGGUCACAGAUGCCGUGGCAUCAGUUAUUCACAGCCCAGAGGCUCCUGCUUCUCCACUGCACAGUUCUCCACAUCCAGAGGAGGAGGAGGAUGGAGACCUGAACAAAGCUUUGGGCAUCGAGCGUUUCCAGCAGAUCCUCAGUCCCACAGCCGUCCCUGACGAGCAGCACCACAACUACCAUGAAGAGGACAUUGAAUACCACCGUCACUCGUCUCACCACAUCCACCGGCCUCUGUCCAAGCUGCCCUCUGAGGGGCGCAGGAAGAAGAGCAGCAAAAAGAGGAAGAAGGACAAGGAGCACAAAAGCAGCCACGUCGCCACCACUGGCACCAUAGAAGAAGGAGAGGAUGAAGAGGAGGAAGAGGAGGAGGGAGCGGAGGCGACCCCUGCUCCAUCCGAGUCGGAGAAAGUAAAAGAUGUGGAGUUCUUUUUAUUUGACGAAGACCAAGCGUCCAGGCGAGAUGGAGAGAGCCCUCGCUCGCCCCGAGAGCUGCACGUGGUUCCAGAGUGCGGCGCCGCUGCAGGCGAAGAUGCGACCUGCACAGACAAAGCGCCUCCUCCUGACACUCCCAGCCCCGCUCCUCAGUCUCCCACCUCCGAUCACAACCCUCUGGCCAGGCUUUCGUCCGCCAGCCGCGGCUACGACCUGCAGGAGCGCCGCCGCACGGGCAACAUGACGGGCGCCGAGCAGGCCAAGUACCAGCGCAUCCCCACGGACGAGAGCGAGGCGCAGAUGCUGGCCUCGGCCGACCUGGACGGCAUUAAGAGCCAUCGCUUUGAAGAUGUCCCCGGCGUGCGCCGGCACCUGGUCAGGAAGAGCACCAAGGGGCAGAUCGUGCACAUCGGCAAAGACCACAAAGAGCCGACGAGCCGCAGCCGCAAACAGGACCGAACUCCACACGAGUCGUUGCCCGUGGUUCUGUACCGCUCUGCCUCGCGGCCCGAAGGCAUCCUGCUGGACAUGGACUCGGGUCAAGUGGUGCGCUAUCAGAAGGUGUUUGUGGAGCUGAAUGAGCUCACCAUGGACAAGAACCAGGAGAUGCAGUGGAAGGAGACGGCUCGUUGGAUCAAGUUUGAGGAGGAUGUGGAGGAGGAGACGGAGCGCUGGGGGAAACCACACGUGGCCUCGCUGUCUUUCCGCAGUCUGCUGGAGCUGAGGAAGACCAUCUCCCACGGUGCCGUGCUGCUGGACUUGGACCAGAAGACGCUGCCCGGCAUCGCCCAUCAGGUGGUGGAGCAGAUGAUCAUCUCCGACCAGAUCAAAGCCGACGAUCGAGCCAACGUCCUGAGGGCUCUGCUGCUCAAACACAGUCACCCGAGCGACGAGAAGGAGCACAGCAGCCCCUUCCCUAGGAACAUCUCUGCCGCCAGCCUGGGCAGCCUGAUCACACACCACCACAGUGCCAACCACACCCACCUGCCUGAGCCGUCUGUCACCGACCCGCUCAUGGGCGCCAUGCACUCUGGGCCCGACAUGGAAACGCGCAUCGACAUGGACAAGAAUGAAGUACAGAAGGAGUCGGGCCUGAGCAGCGGCAUGCACCGCUCCAAGUCCAAACACGAGCUGAAGCUGCUGGAGAAGAUUCCUGAGAACGCAGAGGCCACGGUGGUUCUUGUUGGCAGCGUGGACUUCCUGAAGCAGCCCACCAUGGCGUUUGUGCGUCUGCAGGAGGCGGUGGAGCUGGAGUCGGUGCUGGAGGUGCCCGUUCCCGUCAGGUUCCUGUUCGUUCUGCUGGGACCGCCCACCAGCAGCAUGGACUACCACCAGAUAGGGCGCUCCAUCUCCACACUCAUGUCCGACAAGCAAUUCCAUGAGGCCGCCUACCUGGCAGACGAGAGACAGGACCUGCUGAAUGCCAUCAACAGCUUCCUGGACUGCAGCAUCGUGCUGCCGCCGUCAGAGAUGGGUGGAGACGAGUUGCUGCGCUCGGUCGCUCGCUUCCAGCGGGAGAUGAUGCGCAAGAGGGAGGAACAGGAAGUGAAGCUGCUGGAGCCCAAGAGCUUUGAGGAGAAAGAGGCCCUGCUCACGCCGCUGAAGAGGUCCGACGACCCCCUGGAGCGCACCGGCCGCCCCUUCGGUGGGCUGGUCCGAGACGUGCAGCGCCGCUACCCCAAGUACCUCAGCGACUUCAAGGACGCGCUGAACAGCCAGUGCAUGGCUGCCGUGAUCUUCAUCUACUUCGCUGCUCUGUCCCCGGCCAUAACGUUCGGAGGCCUGCUGGGUGAGAAGACGGACGGCCUGAUCGGCGUGUCCGAGCUCAUCAUCUCCACGUCGGUGCAGGGGAUGAUCUUCUGCCUGCUCGGGGCUCAGCCGCUGCUGGUUGUGGGUUUCUCUGGUCCCCUGCUGGUGUUUGAAGAAGCCUUUUUCACAUUCUGCAAGGCCAACGACAUUGAGUACCUCACUGGCCGCGUGUGGAUCGGCUUCUGGCUCAUUGUUAUUGUGAUGCUCACCGUGGCCUUUGAGGGAAGUUUCCUGGUUCGCUUCGUCUCCCGCUUCACUCAGGAGAUCUUCUCCUUCCUUAUCUCACUCAUCUUCAUCUGCGAGACCUUCUUUAAACUCAUCAAGAUUUUCAGUGAGCACCCACUGAAGAGCUGCUCCCUCAACAACAGCACAGGAGCGAACGUCUCGUUGGCAAACCGGUCCCUGGUGCCGGCCGACAGCUCCGAGCCCGAGGCGGGCCAAGGCGAGCCCAACACCGCGCUGCUGUCUCUGGUUCUCAUGGCCGGAACCUUUCUAAUCGCUUUCUACCUGCGCAAAUUCAAGAACAGCGCGUUCUUCCCUGGGAGGCUUCGCAGGGUAAUUGGAGAUUUUGGGGUUCCGAUCGCUAUCCUCAUCAUGGUGCUGGUGGAUUACAACAUAAAAGACACAUAUACCCAAAAACUGAGCGUCCCAGACACUUUCUCUGUGAUCCAUCGGGCCUGGAUUGUCAGCCCGCUGGGUUCCAACGGUAAAUUUCCCAUAUGGAUGAUGUUCGCCUGCUGUCUGCCUGCUCUGCUGGUCUUCAUCCUCAUCUUCAUGGAGACACAGAUCACCACCCUCAUCGUGAGCAAAAAGGAGCGUAUGCUGGUGAAGGGCUCCGGCUUCCACCUGGACCUGAUGCUGAUCGUGGUUCUGGGCGGCACCUCGGCUCUGUUCGGACUGCCGUGGAUGGCGGCUGCCACCGUCCGCUCAGUGACCCACGUCAACGCACUCACCGUCAUGAGUAAGGCCGUCGCCCCUGGCGACAAGCCUCGCGUGCAGGAGGUGAAGGAGCAGAGGAUCACCGGGUUCCUGGUGGCCUUCAUGGUUGGCCUUUCCAUCGUGAUAGGGAACCUGCUGCGUAAGAUCCCUCUGGCUGUGCUGUUCGGUAUCUUCCUCUACAUGGGUGUAAUGUCGCUCAAUGGUAUUCAGCUCACAGAGCGGAUGAUGCUGCUGCUCAUGCCUCCAAAGUAUCACCCUGACCACAGCUACGUGCGCAAGGUUCGCACGAUGCGCAUGCAUCUGUUCACCUGCAUCCAGCUGGUGUGCUUGGCGGUCCUCUGGGCGGUCAUGUCCACACAGGCCUCGCUGGCUUUCCCCUUUGUCCUGCUCCUCACGGUUCCUGUCAAGAUGUUCCUGCUGGCACGCAUCUUCACUCCCAGAGAGGUGGCAUGCUUGGACGCAGAUGACGCAGAGCCGGCGUUCGACGAGCGCGAGUGUCACGACGAGUACUCAGAGAUGCAGAUGCCAGUGUAAACCACAUCAACCUCUCCUCUGCCAGCAGGCCCGGUCACACACAACCAAGGCAGAUGUGGGACGUAACGAUGAAGUCCUUCCAAAUCAAAAAACCCGCACAGAUUUCAUGCCCCAUCACUGUGCACCUCUGGCUCUUAUCACCAUGGAGACGCACAGUUUGCCAGAGGCCUGGUUGCUUGUUGCAUUGGCCAAACACUUCUCUGUUUUAAGUAGCGUUUUAUCAGAUUGAUGAAGGCUGUCUGCUGUAAAACAGCAUGUAAAACAGCAGUGUGGCACAGACCAAAUCAUUGUGUGUUCGCUCAGAUCAUACUCUAUUGACACAGCUAUAAAUAUAUUUUAUAUAUACAUUUCAGGGGACAAAAGAUUUUAAAUUAAGUUACAUGAUCUCAAGCUCAAAAUUAAAUGUGAUAACCGUAGAUAGAUUUGCCACUUAGGUUCAUAUCUAGCCCUGAAAGGUUGCUCUGAUUCACAUUGAAUAUGUGGAGGGUAUAUGGGAUACAUUCCUUUUAUCUAAACAUGGAUUUUUUUAUGUUUUAACUCACCAAGCGCCUUUAGAGGAAAUGAAACUGUGUACUGAGAGGCUGCUUUCCUCAUCCUGUCUUACUUUGGACGGAUGAUCACUUUAUCUGCCUCUAGAAGCUUGUAGCACUUUUAAAAGACACCAAAUCCGAUCAAUGACUGUAUUUAUUUAAUCAUUUAUCCCAUUAAUAUCCUCUUGAAUCCCUUAAACGUCCAUGUUGGUUUACCUCCUCAGUGACUGAUUGUAGCUCAUCCCUCGGCAGCUGAGGCUGAUAGUUUAAAGGCUUUAAUGUCUAAUUCUGCACCUGCAGCAUAAUCGCCAGCAGGUGGAGAUGUUACAGACCAAAAAAACAUGAAAAUGCAAGUUCAUCUCACACUAACGCCACAACAUGAUCAUGAUUACCACACUUCAUUAUUUUAAUAUCACAGUGGAAUAAAUGUAGUUUAGGGCACUAAAGUAUGUUUGGUCGACUCCAGUGAAAUGGGAACUUUAAGUCUUGAUGAUGUUGGCUGAAGUUCUCCUGGAGGGCGACAUCCUAAUAAACGGUGUUGAAUGAUUCACGGUUCAGGGAAAGGUUGGAGGAAACGUCACAUCAUGGAGGGACGAGUCUUUGGUUUUCUGCAGCUCUUGAUGCAGAUUGAAACACGCAAACUAAACGAUAUGAGUGAAAUCUGCCUCUGGAGGUGGUUUAACUGCUUAAACUGAGCUGAGGGUAAAACAGGCUUGUCUCCUUUUAUCAGUUUAGAGGCUCAGUGUCCAGGUGCCAAAUGUCUUGUAAAUAGUUACUGUAUGUAGGUGGAACAAUAAGCUGCGUUUCAGUCACUUCUGACCUAAAUUAACUCAUUCGUAACAUUCCAAGUUUUAAGAUACGUUUUAAAAUGACAUCAAUUAAUAUUUUAACAGUUUCGCGACUUUGAAGCUGGUCAACCAAAUGUCCACAAGCAUUGAGUAGACAAUCUGCAUAUCAACAUGAGAGGGAAGGCUCUUUAAUGUCAUGUUACGCUCUCUGCUGUUACUCUGCUUUCUCUCUGAACGUCCGACUCUCGUUGUGACCUUGUGUGUUUGUGUCAUGAAUCGAUCAGCCUUGUCCGCAUCGAUGACACGCGUUACGAUAGUUUGCACUUUGGACACGAUCAUAAAUCAAACAUCUCUCCAUUAUUUAUGUGCUGCAAUAUGAGGCAUUGCUGUUUUUGGAAGAUUUAUUCAGAACAUGUGACAAACAUUUUGUUUUUUAAUGUUCACAUACUGGUAAAAGUUGAUAUUUAUGCAAAGUAGGUUGUUUGCUAGUUGUGCCUGUGAAUGGAGUCUGUCGAUGUUAGCGUCUGUAAAAGUCAAGAAUUACUGAUGUGGUCCAUUGCUGAAGGCAAUACAAAGGCUCAGAGACAACAGCUGCCGUACAAUAAUGACUCAUAUUAAUGACAAAUAAACACAUUUUCUAUUUA